CAUGACCUUCCACCCAACCAUGGAAGAAUUUAAAGAUUUCAACAAAUAUAUUGGUUACAUGGAAUCCCAAGGUGCACACCGAACUGGCCUGGCUAAGGUCGUUCCACCCAAGGAAUGGAAAGCCAGACAGACCUAUGAUGAUGUCAAUGACAUGGUAAUAGCCACCCCCCUCCAGCAGGUGGCGUCGGGGCGAGCAGGCGUGUUCAUCCAAUACCACAAGAAGAAGAGGGCCAUGACAGUGGGGGAAUACCGCCUGCUGGCCAACAGUGGACAGUAUCAGACCCCACCACACGUGGAUUUCGAGGAUCUGGAGCGGAAAUACUGGAAAACGCGCCUGUACGAUUCGCCCAUCUACGGCGCUGACAUCAACGGGUCCUUGUUUGAUGCCAACACUAAGCAGUGGAACCUUGGCCACCUGGGAACCAUCCAGGACCUGCUGGAGCAGGAGUGCGGGCUCGUGAUCGAAGGCGUGAACACGCCCUACCUGUACUUUGGCAUGUGGAAGACCACGUUCGCCUGGCACACGGAGGACAUGGACCUUUACAGCAUCAACUACCUGCACUUUGGGGAGCCCAAGACGUGGUACGCGGUGCCCCCCGAGCACGGCCAGCGGCUGGAGCGCCUGGCCAGGGAGCUGUUCCCGGGCAGCUCCCGGAGCUGCGAGGCCUUCCUGCGGCACAAGGUGGCCCUCAUCUCGCCCACUGUCCUCAGGGAGAACGGGGUCCCGUUCAGCCGCAUCACCCAGGAGGCUGGCGAGUUCAUGGUGACGUUUCCCUAUGGCUACCACGCCGGCUUCAACCACGGCUUCAACUGCGCGGAGGCCAUCAACUUUGCCACCCCGCGCUGGGUGGACUAUGGCAAGGUGGCCUCUCAGUGCAGCUGCGGGGAGGCCCGGGUGAGCUUCUCCAUGGACGUGUUUGUGCGCAUCCUGCAGCCCGAGCGCUAUGAGCUGUGGAAGCGCGGGGAGGACCGCGCUGGCGUGGACCACGUGGAGGCCAGGGCGCCGGGCAGCCAGGAGCUGAGCGCCUUGAGGGAGAGCCGGGCGGCCUGCAGGUCAGCGCUGGGCCUGAGGCACCUGCCUCCGCGGCGGGCCAUGCUCACCCCUCGAUCAGUGGGCACGGGCCGUGGGUCCCGCCGCCAACGCGGCAGCCGGGCCCCUGUGCUCCAGCCAUCCCUGGGCCCCUGGCCAGCCCCGGGUUCUGCCUCCACCGCCCAGCCCGCAGCCUUCUGCUCCGUGAAGCCCGACCCAUCAUCCUCACAGCCAACAUCCAGCCCAUCUGCCCAGGAUCUCCAGCCAACUGGCACACGUGGUCGUGGUCGAGGUCGAGGUCCAGGUCAUCAUCGUCUUCGUCCUAGGGAACAAGGGACUCAAGUGUCGAUUGUUCAGGCCCCGGCUAAGAGGCGCCGCCUGGGGGACGCUGUGCGCACAGCGCCGGAUCCCCAAGUCCAGCCUGUGCCUGAGGACAAACCUUCCAUGGACAGCCCAGCACCAUAUAAAUUUCUUGUAUAUUAA